AUGUGAUAGCCCUAUGGCACAAAAUAUCGGCCAACUACUCAGUGACACCUAGGUGAUUGUUUCGGUAAGCAUACCCCUCCACGAACGAUACCAUAGUUGUGGUAGUUGUACUUGGCAUAUGGGUGAAACGGCAUAGUAAUGGUCAACUUGAAGCCGGUGUUUAUGAUCCACGGUGCCAGCGGGCCCCUGUUAGCCAAAUGGCAGAAGUUCAAAGCCCAUUAUCUGGUAACAACAGGACUCGAUCAAAUGGUUAAUAUCUACGACCGUCAGGGUGCACAUGUUGACAAGAUAGCGCUUGUAGGCCUGUGCUCUGGCAUGGACUGGCACAAAGAUGGGGAUACGCUAGCCAUUAUUACUGAUCGGUCAUCGUCAAUUUACCUUUGGGACGCAAAUAGCCAACGAGUUUCCCAGGCAGACACCGGCAUGCGGGAUACCCUCACGUUUAUCGCCUGGGCACAAGCAGCUGCGUUUCUCGCCGUCGGUACGUCAAAAGGCAAUCUGUUGAUCUUUCAUUAUCGAACUUCGCGAAAAGUGCCCAUUUUGGGCAAACACUCAAAACGCAUCGUAUGCGGUGCGUGGAGUAAGGAGAGUAUUCUAGCCCUGGCUGGCGACGAUUACAGUCUGACUAUUAGCAAUCAAGAAGGCGAUACCCUGUCACAAACCCCACUCAAAGCGGAACCGUCCAAGCUGAAGUUUGGCUGUAACAGCAAUGCGCAGACACAAAACAUGGUUUCUUGUGUGUUAGGAAAAAAAACGCUAUACCUUGUCGAUAUAUAUGACUCUGAAAAUCCUAUUCUCUUGGGUUUCCAAGAUAGGUACGGCGUGAUUGUUGACUACGAGUGGAGUAUCGACGCAUUAAUAAUUUUGGGCUUCGCUGAAGGCUUCGUUGUAGUUAUGUCGGCGAUUCCGAAAGAGAUCGGACAGGAGCUCCGUAUGGUGCGCUGUCAUCGCGAGGGACUCGUCCAUCUAGCAAUCUGCUCUGAACAUUCGAAGAUUGCCACUGGAUCUGGUACUCAGGUGAAGGUGUACAAUUCAAAUGAUUUCGACGAUGUCGAGCAAUUAAUAUCGACGGAGGACUCAAUCGAAUGGUUGCAAUGGGCUGACGAUGGACAGUUCCUCGCCGUUGGUACCAUAACACAUGUGGCCGUUUAUCUCACAAAGCUGCCUGUACUGGGCGACUGCCUUGAGUCGCGGUAUGCUAUAUUGUCAUCACUGAUGGAGAUCACAGUUGGAGACGUGCUGGAACCAGCCUCUGAGCGCGUAAUAAGAAUUGAUAUUGAGCCACUGCAUAUCGCCUUGGGGCCUUGUCAUGUGGCGGUAGGAAUCAACAACCGUGCUAUCUUAUAUCCGACCUCCGAUGAUAGGAACCGGACAACAAAAGAGUUCCUAGCAACUGUAAGGCGACUCAAACUUACCGCGGACUACGCAGUCGGUCUGCUCGAUAACAAAAUACAGAUUAUCGGCAUCGACACUGAUGAGGGGAAGAUGUUCAACAAUGCAACUUGUCUCGAUAUCACAGACAACUUCCUCAUCUAUGGCACAAAACAGGGCGAUGUCGAAAUGUUCUAUUUUCAAGAUUUUGUAAACGUCAAUCAAUUUCGACAUUCGUGCAAGGUUACCGCUCUAUUCUCACAUCCGUCUGGCACGAAGAUGAUUCUCUUCGAUGAGGAACAACAGGCAUUUCUGUAUACGCCUUCAGACGAUCACCUAAUAACGAUUGAACAGACACCGCCAAUAAUUGAGGGUGUCCUUUGGGAUCAGCAAGUACCGCAUAUAUUUGUCGUAUUCGAUAGUAAGCAGUUCUAUCUUUUCUCACACACCCGGGAGGAAGUGACACUCGCGGACAAAAUCAAAAUUCCGUCCGGCAUCAAACCUCUGGUUAUGGCCGACGGAAUCCUAACAUGUCAGACUCAGAAUGGUAAGAGUACGACAUUCAAUAGUCAACCUGUUGACAGGACAGUAUCGGGUCAGGCACUGCUCAAGAACAACUUGAGAAGCGCCCUUAAAUUGCGAAAGUUUGAUGAUGCGUUUAGUAUUUGCGACAGUAUUAACCAUCCGGACGAAUGGACGCAGUUGGCUGUGGCGGCCAUGGACGAUCUGAACAUUGAUAUGGCGAUUAAGGCCUACAAGAGGGCAGGCGACCUCGGCAUGGCGUGGAGCCUCGAAAGCGUUCGACAUGUUGAGGAUAUCUACGAACUGGAAGGAUAUAUGUCGCUAUUUCGCAACGAAUUCGACAAGGCGCAAGAGUUCUUCGUAAAGUCAACUAACCCCAAAGCGGCUCUUCAAAUGCGUCGCGACCUGCUUCACUGGGAGCAGGCGUUACAAUUGGCGAAACAUAUCGCCCCGGAAGAAAUGCCGUAUCGGGAGUACGCUCAACAGCUUGAGCUUGUCGGCGACUAUAACAAUGCACUGUUGAACUAUGAAAAAGGUUUGGAAAAAGGUGACGAAUAUUGCAAAUGGGGAAUUGCUCGGACUUCGGUGCGGUGCGGUGACUCGCGAAAGGGUGUCGAAAUGGCACUAAAGAUUGGCGACAGAAGACUGGUGAAGGAAUGUGCCUCUAUCCUCGAAACGAAUAAACAAACCCUGGAAGCUGCCGUUCUGUUUGAGAAGGCCAAAUACUUCGAAAAGGCUGCGGCACUAUAUGUGAAGGCUAAGAGCUGGGGCAAAGUUGGCGAGCUUUUGUCACACGUCACAUCGAACGCGAUUCUCCUGCAGUACGCCAAAUUCAAAGAAAGCGAGGGAAGCUACAAGGAAGCUCUGGAGGCAUACGAGAAAGCUAAGGACUAUGACAGCAUCAUUCGUGUCGAAUUACGCCACGGAAACAAUCUGGAUCGGGCAGCCAAGCUAGCACGCGAUACCCGUUCUGUUCAAGGGGCAAAACUCGUGGCAGAAUAUUUUCAGGCACAAAAUGACAUAUCAUCAGCGAUCGAGUUUCUUGUCUUCUCGAAUUGUUCCGAAGAGGCAUAUGCUCUCGCGUGCAAAACGAAACAGAUGGAGUUAUACGCCAGCGUGGCUGAGAACGAUUACGAAAGAAUCGCUCAGUAUUUUGAGGAGGAACGCGAUAAUCUCAACGCAGGAAAGUACCUCUCGAAAUGCGGUCAGUACCACAAAGCGUUCAAAUAUCUGAUGAAGGCCGCUGCAAAUGAUAACACCGAAGCGAUUGAGAUUGCGGUUGAUACAGUUUGUUUCGCGCAAGACAAGGAGUUAGCGACGAAGCUGACAAAUUUUCUCACUGGUGAAACUGAUGGCAUUCCCAAAGACCUCCGCUACCUGUGCAGGCUGUACAUCAAUGUUGGCCGAUACAACGACGCGGCGAAAAUUGCCGUCGUCAUCGCAGAAGAGGAACAGGACUCAGGCAACUACAAGCUUGCUCACAGCAUACUUCUGAGCAUGCACAAGCAACUAAUGGACAACGAAAUUAAUUUUCCACUCGAACUCAUCAAUUCUUUACACGUGUUACACAGCUAUAUUUUGGCCAAGAUUCACGUAAAACGUUCCGAUCACCUCCGAGCCGCAAAACUACUAAUGAGAAUCUCCAACAAUUUAAAACGAUUCCCAAGUCACGCCGUUAAAAUUCUUACGUCGACGGUGAUCGAAUGUCAACGCGCUGGCUUAAAGGGUUGCGCAUACAGCUACGCGACAGUGUUGCUUCGAUCAGAUUAUCGAGAUCAGAUCGAGCCGAAGUAUAAGGAUAAAAUAGAGGCCUUAGUUAAAAAUGCUACAAUUCGUCAAGCUGAAGCGGAUGAGCGCUCGCCAUGCGAGAAGUGUGGUGAACUGUUAUCCAACUAUCUAUUGAGUUGUACCGAAUGUAAAUGCCCACUCGGCAUGUGUAUUGCCAGCGGACGGCAUCUGUCUGGCCGUGGCCAAUAUACAUGUCCCCAUUGCCACUUUGUCGCGUUCACUGGGGAACUAAUGUUGCUGUUACACGAUAUCGGCAUGAUUUGCCCGAUGUGUGAGGGCGAACUCAAUUUAGACCAAGUUAUUGCUCCAGCAAACAGCGAACAGGUGCCGGCAGAACGAUAAGAAGCAUUUAAUUUCUACUUUAAACGAUUAAGUCUUCGAAAACGAGACAAUACAGUUCGAUACAACCGAUCAUAAUAGCAACGAAUCCGAGAUGAUAAGCCUAAUGACGAGGAGGUCAAAUUUGGUUGACUACUUUGACCGUGUUCAGUAGCACGUGCUCGUAAAAAUUAAGCGUGUCUAUUUAUUCUAUUGUUAUAUAAAAUAACCUUUUAUUCCGACGCUAUGAAGCUACCAGUACACAGUCAAGGUUAUUUACUAAGGCUUUAGUGCAAGUAAAAUUGUAUUUAUAUUCAAAUCUAGAUUUAAAGAAAAUACGUAGGGCGCGACUAUUCGAAAACAUGCGCCUGUCCGUCAACAAGUUGGUCACGCUUUCGGCAAUAUGCUAAAUGGAUCAUGCUAAAGGACAAGUUGUCUUUUAUUUUAUUAUUUGCUUUUCCUAUACUCCUCAUGAGAUAUUUUUACUCGAAGUACAUACUGAAGCAUCAAAUUCUCCACUGCAGAGAAGUCUAGU